AUGGGCCGUGCCGGUUCGAUGGCGUCCAUGUCGGUGAUGAGCGAAAAGCAGGCCAGCAGUACUUACAACGUGGCCCCUGCUUCGGUGUUGAUGGAACUGUUCCUUGCACAAGACUCGGAUGUUCACAAGCGAAUCUUUGGUUUCCAGACCUACAAGCAGUUCCUGGCCAUGCGAGAAAUUCUGCUGGCGGGCGACACCAACCGCUUGGUGGCCGAGCUGACCUUUGUCAGGAUCAAUGAUUUGGCUGCGCCGCCGGAACCAACGCAUCCCUUAAUGUAUGUCGAGCCCUUUGUGGCGCUUCUCAUCGUUGCGAAUGGCAUUAUGAUUGGCUUCCAGACCGAGCCAACUUAUCAAGUCUGGGACGGUUGGCCAAUCAUCGAGUGCGUUUUCGCCGGUUUUCUGGUGCUGGAAAUCAUUUUGAGGAUGCACCUUCUUGGUUGUCGUACUUUCUGGUGCGGCGAUGAUUACCUUUGGAAUUUGUUUGAUGUUUUACUUGGCAUCACCGGCGUCACCGAUGUUACAGUGGAACUCGCGAACCAACGUCGAAGUGAAAUCCCGACCUCACUUCUGCGAUUUUGUCGCCUGAUACGCUUGGUACGGAUCGUGAAAGUGUUUCGAUUGAAAUUCAUGAAGGAUUUGCGGCUUAUGGUGAAGGGCUUAGUUGCUGGUAUCCGAACCCUUACCCUGGCGUUUACUUUGUUACUCUCGGUGAUCUAUGUGAUCUCGGGCUUUGCCACCUACACCAUUGGGAGAAGUCGCGAGACGGAAGAGCUGGAGCUCGCCAAAUACUUUCGCAACUUGCCCUUGUCGAUGUUCACGGCCUUUCGUUGCUUCACGGGUGAAUGCACCAACGAUCUAGGAUACCCAAUGACCUCGAUGCUGGCGCAAAAAUUUGGUUUACCGUUUGUGGCUUGCUACAUCAUGAGCUACAUGUUGGUCUCCAUGGGCAUCUUCAACGUCAUUCUGGCAGUCUAUGUGGAGAUCACCAUGAAAGCUGCCAAGGAGACAGAAGCGACCACGGCGGAGCAGCACGCGCGGGAAUCCAUCCGCGUGGCACGUACCACCCGUGAGUUGCUGAAGAAAUUUGCCGCGGCUUAUCGCAUCUUCCAGGAAUUGGAAGAAUGCGAGGGCCAUCAACAAGUGACGCGCCUGGAGUUCCGUGGGGGCAGCACCAUAUUUACAGACGAUGAUGUCCAUGACAAGAUUGCCAUUACCAAAGAGCUCUUCCUACUCGUCAUCCAGGACCGCGACGUGCAACGUCUGAUGGAUGAGUUGGACCUGCCACCGGAUCGUGCCAACCUCUUCGAGGGCUGCAAGGGCAGACCCUAA